AUGGCCAGCGAAACUGUCUUGAUCACAGGUGCAUCAGGCUUCAUCGCCACUCACAUCGUCGAAUCAUUCCUGCGUGCGGGCUACAAUGUCCGCGGCACAGUUCGAUCCGAACGGACGGCAAACAGGGUCCGUUAUGCCUUCCAGGAGUACAAGGACAAGUUGAGCUUUGUCAUUGUCUCCGAUGUCGUUGCUGCCAAAGCCUUCGAUGAGGCCGUUGAAGGGGUCACUGGUGUGAUCCACACCGCGGCGCCCUUCCAAACAGAAGUCGAAGACAAAGAACGAGAUCUGCUGCAACCUGCCAUCGAAGGAACUAUCAAUCUCCUGGACUCUAUAAAGAGAAACGGUCACCAAGUUCGCCGAGUCAUCCAUACGUCUUCUUUUGGCGAUAUACUUGAUGCGUCAAAGGGAGACCGGCCGGGUCACAUAUACACCGAGGCAGACUGGAAUCCAAUGACCUAUGCGGAGGCCCUAAGUGAAAGCACCCCUGACGUGGUAUCCUACUGCGCAGGGAAGACGAUGGCGGAGCAUGCAGCGUGGGAUUUCAUGGCCACAGAGAACCCGUCAUUUGACCUGGUCACUAUCUGCCCGCCGUACGUGUUUGGUCCGGUCAAGAAUGCUACAACAAGCUUGGUCAACCUAAAUACUUCGUCCAUGGAUGUAUACCGUCUCAUGUCGCCCAUGUCAAAGCCAAGCCACGCUGUGCCACCCACUUUGGUGUGGGCGUGGGCGGAUGUGCGUGAUGUUGCUGACGCACAUCUAAAGGCCUUCGAGGUUCCCGAGGCUGGAGGACAGCGGUUCUUGGUUGCUCAAGGUAGAUACAGCUAUCAGCGAAUAGCCGAUAUCCUUCGAGAUAAGGUGGCGGAAGUGAGAGAUCGUGUUCCUUUGGGUAAGCCACGAUCCGGUAUGGGAGAUGUCUAUGGCAUUGAUGCAUCCAAGUCGGAGAAUGUGUUGGGGUUGAGAUAUCGUCCUUUGGAAGACUCUAUCGUCGACGCGGCAAGGUCUUAUCUGAAGUUGGAGCAGGCGAAUUGA